UGCAAUAUUUGAUUCCAUUAUUAUAUUUUGCCAAUUUAAACCGAGUUUGAUUUAUGCUCGCUGUGUGGGCAUUGUGAGACUAGAGGAACUGUUUUGCCAUGCGUUUAGUAAUUUUGAAUGUUCUUGCGUCAAGCUUCGGGAGAAGGUUUGUGAUAUUUAUGAAUAUUUCACCAGUAUGCUGGGUGGGCGGAGGCACUGAACCAAUGAGAUGAGAUGGUCUGCUGAAUUGCCGUCAUUUUUCAAGUGGAGUGAGAGAAUACAGCAUCCCUGUCCUCAUAAACUAAGAGAGCCUCCGUAAUUGUAAAGUUCAGUAUACGAUAGUGCGCGUAAAAAUGCCCGAUUUGAAUUCAUUUCCAAUGGGUGCUUUGAAGAAGCACAUCACCUCUGUCAGCAGCGCCGGUGGCAAGCAGCACAGUUCUCCACUGGAAUGUGAAUAAUGAAGGUUACUGUGAAAAAGAAGAGCAGAGAUGUCGGUGCCUUUACUGAAAAUUGGAGUAGUGCUCAGCACGAUGGCGAUGAUCAGCAACUGGAUGUCGCAAACGUUGCCCUCUCUAGUAGGUCUGAAUAGCACCAAAUUAAGCGUGGCACCUCCGGGUGUGCCGGACCGGAUCACUGGCGUGCUGCCUGCUAACCCAGAGGAGUCAUGGCAGGUGUACAGCUCAGCGCAAGACAGCGAGGGCAGGUGUGUGUGCACUGUUGUGGCUCCUCAGCAGACCAUGUGCUCGCGGGAUGCCAGGACCAGACAACUGAGACAGCUCCUGGAAAAAGUCCAGAAUAUGACCCAGUCAAUCCAGAAUCUUGACCAGAGGACCCAAAAAGACCUACAAUAUGUGCAACGAAUGGAGGUGCAGUUGAGAGGCCUGGAAUCCAAGUUCAAACAGGUGGAGGAAAGCCACAAACAGAAUAUCGCCAAGCAAUACAAGGCCAUAAAAGCGAAAAUGGAGGAACUUAGGCCAAUGAUACCAGUGUUGGAGGAAUACAAGGCCGAUGCAAAAUUGGUAAUGCAGUUUAAAGAGGAGGUCAAGAAUCUGACGUCAGUGCUAAGUGAACUGCAGGAGGAGAUUGGGGCCUUUGACUACGAGGAGCUUCACAACAGGGUGUCAAAUCUUGAGGAGAGGCUCCGUGCAUGCAUGCAAAAAUUAGCAUGUGGGAAGCUGACAGGAAUUAGUGAUUCCAUAACCGUAAAGACGUCUGGAUCAAGGUAUGGAUCCUGGAUGACUGAUCCACUUGCCCCUGAUGGUGAUACAAGGGUGUGGUAUAUGGAUGGCUACCACAAUAACCGCUUUGUCCGGGAAUACAAGUCCAUGGCUGACUUCAUGUACUCUGACAACUUCACCUCGCAUCGGCUUCCUCACCCCUGGUCGGGCACAGGGCAGGUUGUCUACAAUGGCUCCAUCUACUUCAAUAAGUUCCAAAGCAACACCGUCAUCAAAUUCGACUUUAAGACGUCCACCAUCAGCAAAUCAAGUCAGCUGGAUUACGCUGGCUACAACAAUCGCUACCACUACUCCUGGGGUGGUCACUCUGACAUUGAUCUUAUGGUGGACGAAGGAGGGCUCUGGGCUGUGUAUGCCACCAAUCAGAAUGCGGGGAACAUCGUCAUCAGCAAGCUCAAUCCAUCAACCCUGCAGGUCAUCAAGAGCUAUACCACCAACCACCCAAAGAGGAGUGCAGGCGAGGCCUUCAUGAUCUGUGGAACUCUUUAUGUCACCAAUGGCUACUCAGGAGGAACAAAGGUCUACUAUGCUUUUCAUACCAACUCCUCUACUUAUGAGUAUAUUGACAUUCCCUUGCAGAACAAGUAUUCCCAUAUCUCCAUGUUGGAUUAUAACCCCAGAGACAGAGCUCUUUAUGCAUGGAACAAUGGGCACCAGGUGUUAUAUAAUGUCACCUUGUUCCAUGUCAUUCGCUCUGAAGAGCUUUAAACAUCCACACAGUGACAUUCUCCCCGUUUGAGAUCUUCAGUAGCACUGAUGGAAUUUGUUAUUGAAAAAUAGCGUAUUGCCUGAUGAUUGUUCAAUAAAAUACAUAAUAAUGUAUCAAAAGUAAUAGUUAAAGGCAACAUAAUUAACAGCUGCCAACAGGUCUUUUUUUUUUUUUUAAGACUAUGAAUGCUUAGCUCAAGCUUUCUUUAGAUGAUUGUGUUGGAUUUUCUUAUCACAAAGUACUUGUACAGCUUUAUGUGUGAACAUUACUCAAAACACCCUGUUAAUAGUGGGUAAAGAAGUGUGACGCAAGAAAGAUAUUAUUUAAUUACCCAGUUACAGUGACCUCAAAAGGUAUUGGACACUUAAGCCCUACUUAAAACCGUAUAAAUGUUAUUGACUUAUAUUACAAAAUAUCAAGCUAAAUAGCAUUUCUUCUAAAUAAACACAGCACAAUCACUUUUCAAGAAAAUAAGCAAAAAAGAAGCUUGUUUGGUUAAAUAUUCUACAACAAUAGAUAUAUUGUUCAUAAUUAAAGAAACAGUUCACCCAACAAUGAAAAUUCUCUCAUUAUUCACUUACCCUGAUGCCAUCCCAUAUGUGUAUGACUGUCUUUCUUC